AUGGACACCCAGUCCACAAUGCCGUGGGUGGGAAUCGGAAGCCAAAGCUCCCCAGAACCGAAGGAGAGGCAGGUGCUGCUACUUGCGGACCUACUUCAACUUGACAAGGAUGAGCUCGGGCAAGCAUUGUUUUUCCCCACGGACAAAUGGCAUCUGGGACCAGGGGCAGCUAGCUUCCGGGAGUACAUUCUCAACGACCUGGUGGAUGACUUUGCUGAGCCGAUGGUGGACACAGCAGAUGGGCGCAAUGUGGAGGCCUUGAUGCAGGUGUACAACAUAACUGUUGAACUGGUCAGGGAAGCCAAGAAAGCAGCUGCUGUGCAGGAUGAGUUCCUGUCGAAAGGGUAUGCUUCAGUCAAAAGCACAGCCGAGAAAUCGGUGCAGAAGGUGCUCCAAGCUGCAGCAGCAGAGGCUGACAAAGAAAAGGCGCAGCGCAAGCAAGUAAUGGCUGAGCGAUGGCUUUCAAGGGAGAUGGAGGCAUUGAACCUGAGGCGUGAUACUGUGACCGUUCAGGCUGCAAAAGCUGCUUCGUAUGCAGCUGCCAAAGUUCAUGCCCUGAUCGGGCACUUGAGGACGACAGGUAUGCUGUCCCAGGUUUUCUUUGAGUCUAUGGAGUCCUGGCAGGAGAUGGAUUCGACGGUUUCCUUGGCUCAGCAUGUCAAGCAUGCAGAGCUGCCUGUUUCUGGAGAGAAUAUCCCGGAGACGAUUCCCGAGGUGGAAGAGACAUUACAAGAGCAACCGUUUCCGGAGGGCAACGAUGGACAGCGAGCCGAUGAUGUUAUGAGUCCACCCCAGCAGAGCAAUGGGCAACCAGCUGAGGCAGUGGCACAGGUCAAUGGGCAACCAGCUGACUCAGUGCAGAAUCCACCACAGCAGGGCAAUGGAUCACAGCAGCCACCACAGCAGGGCAAUGGACAACCAGCCGAGGCAUUGCAGAAUCCACCGCAGCAGGGCAAGGUGCAACCAGCUGAGGCAGUGCAGAAUCCACCACAGCAGGGCAAUGGACAACCAGCCGAGGCAUUGCAGAAUCCACCACAGCAGGGCAAUGGGCAACCAGCUGACUCAGUGCAGAAUCCACCACAGCAGGGCAAUGGAUCACAGCAGCCACCACAGCAGGGCAAUGGACAACCAGCCGAGGCAUUGCAGAAUCCACCGCAGCAGGGCAAGGUGCAACCAGCUGAGGCAGUGCAGAAUCCACCACAGCAGGGCAAUGGACAACCAGCCGAGGCAUUGCAGAAUCCACCACAGCAGGGCAAUGGGCAACCAGCUGACUCAGUGCAGAAUCCACCACAGCAGGGCAAUGGAUCACAGCAGCCACCACAGCAGGGCAAUGGACAACCAGCCGAGGCAUUGCAGAAUCCACCACAGCAGGGCAAGGUGCAACCAGCUGCAGUGCAGAAUCCACCACAGCAGGGCAAUGGACAACCAGCCGAGGCAUUGCAGAAUCCACCACAGCAGGGCAAUGGGCAACCAGCUGACUCAGUGCAGAAUCCACCACAGCAGGGCACUGGAUCACAGCAGCCACCACAGCAGGGCAAUGGACAACCAGCCGAGGCAUUGCAGAAUCCACCACAGCAGGGCAACGGACAGCCAGCCGAGGCAUUGCAGAAUCCACCGCAGCAGGGCAAUGGAUCACAGCAGCCACCACAGCAGGGCAAUGGGCAACCAGCGGAGGCAUUGCAGAAUCCACCACAGCAGGGCAAUGGGCAACCAGCUGAGUCAGUGCAGAAUCCACCACAGCAGGGCAAUGGAUCACAGCAGCCACCACAGCAGGGCAAUGGGCAACCAGCGGAGGCAGUGCAGAAUCCACCACAGCAGGGCAAUGUGCAACCAAAGGCAGUGCAGAAUCCACCACAGCAGGGCAAUGGAUCACAGCAGCCACCACAGCAGGGCAAGGGCAAUGGGCAACCAGCUGAGAAUCCACCACAGCAGGGCAAUCAGCAGCAAGCCGAUGCAGUACAGAGUCAGAGCAACAGUGCAGGUGCUGUCCAGGUGCAGUGCUCAGUCGUUUGGAUUGUGGUUAAUGUGGCGUCGUUUGGAGUGCCUACCCAAGCUAUCGACUGUGAUGAGAUCGAUGAUGAUGAACUGGUGAGCCAACUGGCAAUGCUGGCCAUGAAGCAGGAGCCCGAGGAUCAAUCGUUCACCAAGGUGGAGGCCAAGAGUCCUGACAGGAACGGGGGCUCAAGUAUCGGGGCGGCUGGGGCAGUUGACCUUUGUUCAGAUGACCCCUACUUGGAUGCAGUCGACCUUGGUUCGGGUGACCCCUCUUUGGAUGCCGGAGUGCAAGCAAAAGCUGCUGUGGAUAGUGCAUUGCGGAGACUGGCAACGGGUGACAUCGAGGUCCAAAAGCAGAUUGAGAAGCAGCCAGCGCCAGCCGUGAAUCAGCAGCAGAUCGCAGCAUCUGAGCUUGAUGGAGAGGAGCUGGAUGAACAGGAUGAUGAGGAGGUUUGGACCAGCAGCAGCCUGGUGCAAAACUCGUCAUCAACUGAAAGAUCCAAGCUAGCAGGAGGCCGCAGCUACAAGAUGUUCAAAGACAUUGUGAAGGAACACGGACAAACCGACGCCGAGGGUCUACGCGAGGACAAGAAGGAGAAACAAUCUACAUUGGGUGACUUCCAACCGGGGGUGCCAUUCUGGUAUCCGCAUCCGGCUCACGAAUUGUUCCUCUGUUUCGAUGGCGCUACUCUUUCGACAUUGAACGAGAAUUCCGUGCACACUGAGGAGAGUGUGGCUGUGAAUCUGGACAGUGGAUUGACCCGUGAUCUGAGGUCCGGUCUGCAGCCGACUGUCUCGGAUCCCACCGGAUGUGGAAGGUCCUUGCAGCCAGCACUCAGCUCCGAUAGCCUUGGUGGAACACCCGGUGGCAAAGGCAAAGGAAAGACCAAGACGAACCCCAAGGGCAAUACCGAACCCAACAAAGCGAAGAAGGCCCCCAACUACGCUGGCAAAGCCAACGGGAAGGUGAAGCUGGGCCGAACUACCUUGACCGAUGCCAAGUAUUGGAUAAGGACGAUCCACGAUGACCAGAAGAUCCCGGACCCCAGCAAGCGCAAAGUGUCCGGUGAUUUGGCCAAAGGCUACAUUUCCCAGAUCCACCUGUACCAGAGCCCGAUGGAAAAAGCAACGGAAGCCUUGGAUUGGAAACUGGUUGAAGGUGUAAAGGACGAGGCCACGUUAGCCCCGCUCGUGACUACCCUCGACACUGCUGUGGAAAACUAUGGCAAUGCUAUCCGCCCAAUCAAGGCACUCUUCGUUGCCCAGCUGCAUAAUUGCCUUCGGCCGUGGUUUUCGUUUGAUUCCCACUAG